GUGAAAUACAGGCAACAAAUAAAGGUGUAAAACACACUACAGAGCAUGAGGAGCAUGUCUGAGCAAAGAAAAAUCUCUCAAAAGUUAAAGGGCCUCUGUGUUUCACCACAGGACAUCAUAGACAGAUGUGCAGGACAAAUUACAGCAAAACUUAAUCAGGGGUUGAAGAAACACUAUAAAGAAGUUCUAAAUGUUUCGUCUGCUGAUUUUCACACAAUGGGAUUAAAACCCAUCACCUUCUUUCGUCAGGUCCUGGCCACUUGUUUCUACCCCUCCCUCCUAAAUGAUGAGAGUUUACCCUUGGAUGCAAGACAGAGAGCAGAAAGGAUUCUGGGAAAUUGUGAUGGAGGGAGCAUAGGAUCAUACAAUGCUGUAGGUGGGAUUAAAGAAAUCCAGUCCUCCAUAUGUAAAUUUAUCACCAAACGUGAUGGUGUUAUUCCUGAUCCUGACAACAUCUACAUCACAAGCGGAUCCCAGAUGUCCCUCAUAAUGGUACUGAAGCUGCUAAUUCAGAGUGAGGGUUCUCUGAAGACUGGGGUUCUUACUCCUGUACCAUCUCACUCCACCUUUAACAUGGCAGUGGCUGCUCAGGGGGGGCUUGUGGUGCCUUACUACCUGUGUGAGGAACAGGGAUGGGCAGUGCAGAUUGAAGAACUUUGCAGAGCCCUGCACAUGGCCAGGGGGAGAUGCAACCCAACUGUGUUAUACGUCAUCAAUCCAGGAAGUCCAACAGGUCACGUGCAGAGUAAGGACUCGAUUGCUGAAGUGAUUCGCUUUGCUGCAGAAGAAAAGCUCUUCUUAAUGGUAGAUGAGGUACAUCAGGACAAUGUGUAUGGGAAAGGAAUUGAGUUUUAUUCAUAUAGGAGAGUGCUUUCUGAAAUAGGGCUCCCAUACUCCAGCAGCGUGGAGCUUGCCUCCAUUAACUCUGUCUCCAAGAGUGUCAUGGGAGAGUGUGGUCUGCGUGGAGGCUAUUUGGAGUUGGUGAACCUUGACCCGUUAGUGAUUCCACACAUCUACACAUUCUUCUGCACAAUUCCUUCUGGACCAUUGAGUGGACAAAUUGCUUUGGAUGUGAUGGUUGACCCUCCACAACCCACUCAGCCUUCAUAUGAACUCUACACUCAAGAGAUUCAGUUCAUUAGGCACACAAUAAGCAAUAAUGCCCAGAAGACCCUGGACGUUCUCAGUUGCCUACCUGGAAUCAGCUGUCAGCCAGUGAAUGGAGGAAGUUUUGCCUUCCCACGUUUGCACUUGUCCAAGUCUGCAAUAAAACAUGCCAAGGAGAAGCAGCUGGAGCCGGACUUGCUGUACUGUUUGCGCUUGUUGGAGGAUGAAGGCUUGCGUGUGGGAGCUGGAUGUGAAGACGGACAAAAAGAGGGAACAUAUCACAUCAGAAUUUGUCUGGCGGUCCCGGAGGAGAUCAUGAAGGAUGUGCUACAGAGGCUGAAAAGUUUCCACCUCCGCUUCAUCGAAGAGUUUCCCUUAUCAUGAGAAUAAUAUUAAUAUUCUUAUUAAUUACAGAGUAGAUG